AUGUCCUCCGUCUUCGCUAUCCGCGAACAUACCAUUGAGGCUUCAUACAUUAGGGAAUUUUCCCGCGCAACAUCCCAGGUUCAAGAUGAUACCCUAGUACAGCAUGUUAAACAAUACACGCCAAAGGACAACCCCAACCCAGAACAAGGCGAUAUAACCAUAAUUGGUGCCCACGCCAAUGGCCUUCCCAAGGAGGUAUAUGAACCUCUUUGGGAAGAGCUAUAUCACCAAGCGAAAUCUCAUGGUGUGCGAAUCCGGGAUAUCUACAUUGCCGACGCCGCUUGGCAAGGUAGAAGCGGCAUCCUCAACAAGGACAAGCUAGGAAAUGAUCCAAGCUGGUUUGACUAUUCCCGGGACAUUCUCCAUAUGAUCAAUACAUUGCGGCCCCCAACACCUCUAAUCGCCGUUGGACACUCUUUCGGCGGUGCCGCCCUUCUAAACGCCUCUCUCACCAGCCCUCGCACUUUCACCUCCAUCGUUCUCCUUGAUCCAGUCAUCUCUCGUUAUGCCUCUGUCCCUGGCGACCUGUCCGUGAGCCCCGCAGCCAUGAGCAUCUAUCGCCGGGAUACCUGGCCGUCCCGGGAGGCUGCAGCCGAGUCCUUCGGCCGGAGCCCAUUCUACCAGUCCUGGGAUCGUCGCGCCUUCGACCUCUGGCUCCAGCACGGGCUCGAGCCCACGCCGGACGGCACCUUCACCCUAACUACCACAAAGCAUCAGGAGGUGUUCACUUACCUCCGCCCGAGUUGGCUGGCCUUUGAUGACGAGGGCAAGACGGUUACUAACCGCGAUCUCGCCCCGGACAUCGAGGAAGGGUUUGCUGGAGAUGUUAACCUCGUUUGGCCCCUCUACCGACCAGAGCCACCCAGCUUGCUCCAUCGCCUUCCGAAUGUCCGGCCACCUGUGCUAUAUGUCUUCGGAGGCUCGAGCAAUCUAUCCCCCAAGUCGCUCCGGGAUGAAAAGGUUCAAACUACGGGGGCUGGGAUCGGUGGGAGUGGGGGUGCGAGCAAGGGGAGAGUGAAAGGGGUCGUAUCCGAGAAAUGUGGGCAUAUGAUUCCUUUGGAAGCACCGAGGUUCUGUGCUGAAAAUGCGGCUUCUUGGAUCAAGGUGUGGCUUGACCGGUGGAGGACAGAGCAGGAGGAGUAUAGUGACUGGGCAAAGAAGCCGCAAGAGGAGAAGGCUACGAUUUCCGAGGAAUAUAAGAAACACGCGGGGAAGCCGGCAAAGCCAGGCAAGGGACAGGCCAAAUUAUAG